CGCUGUGUGACUUGCCGUUGCUCCACAAACAGCCGGAGCUGAAGGGUGACCGACACAUUGCUCAACUGUCCGGGUGUUUGUGAGUCGAACAUCAGGCAGCAGCAUCAUGGCGUCUGGAGGCCCCGUGAUGAAUGGCGACAUCUCUCGCUCGCCCGGUCUGUCCGGCCCGCUGGAGGAAACCUUGCAGCAGAUGAACAUCCUGAUCCAGGAGAACCGGGACCUGAAAGAGGCCCUGCGUCAGACCAACCUGACGAUGAAGGAGCGCUUCGAGGGUCUGUCUGUGUGGCGGGAGAAGCAGCGGGAUGAGCGGGAAUUCCUGGAGAGCAGGCUGGAAGAGGCUCGGGGUCACAUGGAGGUGCUGACCCUCCAAAACCAGGAGCUAAGCAGUAGGACGGCGCAGGAGGGGAGGACAGGCUUGCAGGCUGUCUCGUCCAAUCAGAGUGCAGAGCUGAAUAGCCUGUGUGCCCAGGUUGCUCGCCUGCAGGCAGAGAAGAACGACCUGGUGGCCAUGAACUCUGAGCUGCAGCUGAAGGCGGAGCAGGACUCACACGAUGACUCCUUCAUCGAGAUCAUCCAAGUCUCAGAUGGAGGUUUGGACGGCGUUAACAAUGCGUGUGGUUUGGAGCGCAGCAGACACCCGGAGCUGAGCAUGACGGCGUCCCGGCUGGACAGCGAGGAGACGACUGUCAGCCAGCUCCUGCAGUCACUGAGGAACGAGACGCAGCGAGCUGAGCGGCUGCAGGCCGAGCUGCAGUCUUCUGCUGCCAGAAUUCGAGAGCUGGAGGAGAGGAAGACUAAUGUGGAGAAAUCAACACAGACCACCAAUGCAGAGACCAAGGAGGAUUCUGGGAAAGAGGAAAAGGCAGCAUCUGAGGUGGAGAAUCUGAAAUCUCAGAUGAUGACGCUGUUCAAAGAGCUGGAGCAGGCCCAGAGCAGGCUAGAUGAAGCAGAAGGCAUGAAGAAGAACCUGCAGGACAGGUGUCGGGAGGUGGAGCAGGACGCGGUCACUCUGAAGACUCAGCUGCUGAACAAACAGGACGCUCAGAGUGAGACUGAGCGGCUGAAGCUGCAGCUGGACAGCAUGCAGGCUGAGAGCCUGCUGGAGCAGAGGAGGGCCGGGGAGGAGAGGAACAAUAUGAGCCAACUGAGGGAUGCGUACACCAAGCUGUUUGAAGACUACAAUGAACUGAAAGAGGAGAAGAAGAAGAGAGAGUCUCAGCUGGUGCAGAAGGAUGUGGUGGAGCAGCUGCAGGAACGUCUGACCGCUGCUGAAGAGGCCCUGGCUGCUAAACAGAAGCACAUCGAUCACAUGAAGCAGGAGAUGUUCCAGAAGGAGGAGGAGCUGGCGACCAUUUCUGUGUUCCAGGCUCAGGCUGAGGUGUACUCCUCAGACUUCUACGCAGAGCGAGCAGCACGAGAGAAGCUGCACGAAGAGAGGGAGUGUCUGGCAGCUCAGCUGGAGUACGUGAAGAAGCAGAAUAACCAGCUGCAGGAGGAGAUGGACUCAGUGGGCAGGCACUCGCUGACCGAGAUGCAGAAGAGACAUCGGGGAGGAAAUCCACACGGAGCCGGUGCAUCUUUGGUUGGACGAGGUGCGGACUGGCAGCAUCAGGGGAAGAUUCCCGAACACGCCUGUCCCAAGUGCAAUGAGAUCCUGCCAGACCUGGACACCCUGCAGAUCCACAUCAUGGACUGCAUCAACUAGACCUCCGUCAUUAUAAGCUUCCACAACAAUAAUCUGAGUCUUCCUCUGCUUUUAUCUACACCUCUUCUCAGAGACCUGAGACCAUGAUGACCUCAGGAACAUUGGGCCUCAUUCACCAAUAUCUUCCUAAGUUAGUUCUUAAAUCAGUUCCUAAGAAAAGCGUCAUGGCGUGUUCUUAAACUGUUCUUACCCGUGUUAUUAUAAUGAGGAAUAAUAAUAACACCAUUGUAACACCCCACCAUUCCCCAUGUGCACAUAGAAACUGAAAAGAAAAGUCAAGAAGCCCAAACAAAAGUGUGACGAGGGCGAAAGACUUCUCUAGUUCUGAAGCUGAGGCUCUCCUGCAGAAAGUGAACGCCCAACAAGCGUCACAUUUCAUCUGCACAGAGAUAGAUACUUUAUUCAUCCCGAGGGAAAUGUAUGCAUCCAGUAGCUUAAAGACAUUAUACCUUAUACAUUAUAUAAUUAUUUAACAUUACACAUCUCCCCUCCUCCAUUAAAAAGUAAGUAAAUAAAAAAUAAGCAUGGGAUGCUAUUACUUAUUCAGAGUUGGAAGUUUUAGUGGCGUGUUAGUUAAAAGACCAUAAUGUAAAAUAAUGAAAAUGAUUAUUAAAAAGAUAUUGUAAAUGAUAAACAAAUGUUUGAAAUUGAAAUUGAAAUCUUAUAAUACAACAGUAGAAUUGAGGAAAACGCAAUAAGCAAUUAUUUUAAUUAUAAACUUGUCAGCACUCAAAUUAGUGUUAGUGUGCGUAGAUUCAGUUCUGACCGAAGAACAAAUCCCAAAUAAGAAAACGUUGGUGAAAGUGAAUGAGGCCCAAUCAUUCUGGCAUGGCAACACUUUACUUUUAGCAGAACUUAAGUCAAAGGAUUUUAAAGCUGUAUUUAGGGUUCUUCUGAAAAUAAUUGGUCCUUUUCGAGUUUGUGAAAUUUGAGAAUUGCUUUUAAAGAUUUUGAACAGAGCAACAUAUUGUAGGAAACAUCUUGCAGGUUUCGGCUGCUGUCUUCUGGCACAUCGUCUGCCAGUUGCUGGGAUGAUGAAACGCGUGGAAUGGUAAAAGAACAAGACGAGACGCUUCUGUUCAGCCUUUACAGCUUGCAUUGAAUUAUUUGGUUGCUGAAAGCUAUUUUCUACGUCUUUGUUUAAUCGUGAAAGAAAAAUGAAGAUCUUUCUGUAUUCUUUGCUUUGAGAGGACAUUUUAGUUUAUGACUGGGUUGUUAAUAUGAUAAUAUAUACCAGUACUGACAGUUGAUACCUGGUUAUUAGAAUGUAUUAUAUUUAAUGUGUUAAUCUACCUAUCACUGUAUAUGGUAGCCUUUGUAAAUCUAUGUCCAACACACUGCUGUUUAUAAAGGACUUCUCAUUCCCUGUAGUAAUUCUCUGAAUGAAAAUAAAAUAAUCUGCACA